CCACGCCUACCCUAACGCCCACAAACCGCACAAAACUGCCACGCCCGGUGAAAAUUAUCUGAAAGAGAAUGGAUUUAAAUCGGCAUUAUAUUAUAAUAAUAUUAUUAAUAUUAUAAUAUUAUAAAAAGUGGUAAAAUGUACUUGUUUGUUUGAAACCGAAUGGCACGAUCUUCAUAAAUACGAUGGAGUCAAUUAAACCAACUGUCGAGAUACAGAUACCAAUAGUGAUCAUGCGAUUAUUGUUAAACAAUUCCAUGUUCUUUCAGAAAUAGAAUCUAUUGUGCCGAUAGUCGUAGACUAUGUAUGUUAAGGAUAGAUAACAGGGUGCUAUAAAAUGACGAACGUUGCGUUCAAAUCGCAUUCGGAAUUAAUCACUCGAACAACCCACAAUGAAAGCAGCCAUAGUCCUUCUGUUUCUGGGCCUCUGCGUGGCUAUCAACGCCGACUUUGUCUGCAAUCCCGAUGGCGAUGGUGAGCCCGAUUGCGUGGGACGCUCUGGAGAUGUUUCCCGUGACUUCUGGGAUCCCACCCACUACUGGAAGUGCUCUAGCACCGGACAGGCUGAGCUCCUUGCCUGCGAGCCGCAGACUGGGUUCGAUCCCAAAACUGGAAUCUGCGUAGAUUGGAGCGUUUGGCAGUGGUAUCCGCCAUGUCCCACAACAUCCACCUAAACAAUAAACUUCUGAGCUGAAUCGCUUUUUUCAUUAACUUUCUUUUUGAUUCUAAAGAUAUGGAUGAGGUCUUGGAUAUUUCGGAUUCGAAAGUUACU